AUGAACGAAAUUAAGCUUCAUAUUUUGCCCUCCUUGCUUGAGCCAAGCCCUACUUUGCAAGGAGUUGAUCGAUCCUUUCUUUCUUCUUCCCUUCCUUCUUUUCUUUCUUCUUUCUUUCUUCCUCUCCUUUCUUUUCUUCCUUCCUCCUUUCUUCCUUCCUUUCUUUCUUCUCUUCCUUUCUUUCUUCUCUUCCUUUCUUUCUUCUCUUCCUUUCUUUCUUCUCUUCCUUUCUUUCUUCUCUUCCUUUCUUUCUUCUCUUCCUUUCUUUCUUCUCUUCCUUUCUUUCUUCCCUUCCUCCUUUCUUUCUUCCCUUCCUCCUUCCUUUCUUCCCUUCCUUCCUUUCUUUUCUCUCUUCCCUUCCUUCCUCUCUCUCUUUCUUUCUUUCUUCCUUCUCUUUUCUUUCUUUUCUCUCUCUUUUCCUCCUUUCUUUCUCUCUCUCUCCUUUCUUUCUUUCUCUCCUCCGCUCUUUCUUUCUUUCUUUCUUUCUUCCUUCUCUUUUUCUCUUUCUUUUCUUUCUCUCUCUUCUUUCUUUCUUUCUUUCUCUCUUCUUUUCUUUCUUUCUUCUCUUCUUUUCUUUCUUUUCUCUCUCUCUUUCUUUCUUUCUUCUUCUUUUCUUUCUCUUCUUCUCUUUUCUUUCUUUUCUUUCUCUCUUUUUUCUCUUUCACCAAGUAG